CAGCUGGCGGCGGUCGCGGGCCAUGGGGGCCAAGAGCCUCUGCCUCGGCGUCCUGACCGUCGCCGUCCUGCUCCUGGCCGCCGCCUCGCAGGGUGCGGAGCCGCCGCCGAGCUGCGAGGCGGUCCGGAAAGUUUUCCAGCUGCGGCGGCUCGGCCCGCUUGGCGGCGUCCCGGAGUUCCCGCGGGCAGGUGUUGAUCUCCAGGUUUGUACUUCUGAAAAUUCAACAUGCUGUACAAAAAAGAUGGAAGAAAGGUAUCAGAUUGCAGCAAAGCAAGAUAUACAGCAAGCGCUUCAAACAUCAAGUGCUACAUUAAAAUUUUUAAUAUCUCAUAAUGCAGCUGCUUUUCAAGAAACCUUUGAAAUGCUCAUCAGACUGGCUGAGAAUUACACCAGCACACUUUUCUGCAAUGCGUAUAGAAACAUGGCUGCUGAGGCUGCUGUGCACGUGCAGGAGUUUUUCACAGAUGUUGGGCUCUUCCUAUUUGGCACAGAUGCCAGCACAGAGGAAUCUGUGAAUAGAUUCUUUGACACCCUGUUUCCAGUAGUGUACAACCAUGUGAUUAACCCUGGUCCGACUGACAUUUCCCUGGAGUACGCGGAGUGCCUCCGAGCGGCGAGAAGAGACAUCAGGCCCUUUGGCAGCGUUCCCAGAAAGGCCGUAGGGCAGAUGGGACGAUCACUCUUACCCAGCCGGAGGUUCUUGCAGGCUCUGAACCUGGGGGUUGAAGUGAUCAACACGACAGACCACCUGCCCUUCUCCAGAGAGUGCAGCAGGGCUUUGCUGAGGAUGCAGUACUGCCCCCACUGCCAGGGGCUGACGCUGAGCAAGCCCUGCCUGGGCUACUGCCUCAACAUCCUCCGGGGCUGCCUGGCCCACCUAGCAGAAGUUGAUCUCCACUGGCAGGGCUACAUCCAGGCCCUGGAGCAGCUCUCAGGAGCCCUGAGUGGAGCACACAGCGUCGAGCACGUGCUGCUGAACUUCCAUUCCCUCGUCCACGACGCUCUGGUACAGGCUCGGAUCAACGGGCCAGAGGUAUCUGAGCAGGUCAAUAAGAUAUGUGGUCCUCCUGUGAGGAAGCCUAAACAAUCUCCAGGUUGCUCCUUUGAUCAGAACAAAGAUAAUCAAGUGUUGAAGAUGUUCUCCAGAGACAGUGAGCAAACACUCACCAACAGAAGAAAGGAGUUCAUCAGGCUCCUGCGGCCGUACAGAGCCUUUUACAGCGGCCUGGCGGAUCAGCUGUGCGCCAACGAGCUGGCAGCCGCCGACGGGCUCCCCUGCUGGAAUGGAGAGGAUCUCGUAGGAAGCUAUACGCACCGUGUGGUUGGCAGUGGAAUCAAAGCUCAGUCUGCAAAUCCAGAAGUAAAAGUGAAGGAAACAGAUCCUGUAAUAAGUCAAAUUAUUGACAAGCUGAAACAUGUUAUUCAGCUGUUGCAGGGCAAAUCAUUUCCAAAAUAUGACAAAUGGGAUCUGCAACAGACAGGCAGUGGUGGAGGUGUAGAUGAACAAAUCAGUGGUGAUUGUGAUGAUGAAGAUGGUUGUGGAGGAUCUGGAAGUGGAGAAUUCAAAAGAGUCCUGAAAAUAACAGACCGGAUGCCAGACAAGACGAACCUCAGUGACGUAAAGCAAAUCCAUCAAACCAACGAUGGCAACACUUUAGACACAACUGGAGCAGGAUGUACAGCAAUGGCCGAUUAUGUGACAUUUAUGCUGAUUAGUUUGGUAAUACUGCUUCUCACUCUUUGGUAACUGCUUAUUUCUGGCUUGAUAUAUGUAUCUCAUUGUCAUCUAUUUAUCCCUACUCACAAGCCUGGAAUAAGGGAUCUGGUGAAUAUAGCAAUAUUUAUGAUAUCUUGUAUAAGAUCAGCCAGUGAUCUUAGCCCUGAAUAUUAACAAAGAGUUUUGUGUAAUAUUUUUUCUGUGUUUUUUUUUUAAACACCUGUAUAGUCAUAAAAAGUCAUGUUUUCUUUUUUAAUAUUUUAUGUUGAAAAUAAGUUGUCUAUGAUAAUCUUUCUCUUAAAAGCAAUCUGUAAAAGAAGAAUAUUACCAAGUUUGAAAUGGUCUCUGGAGAUCAUCUAGACCAACCCUGUGCUCAUAGUAGACUCACUUCUUGCAAGUUUCCUAAGACCAAGUACAGUUGACAUUGGAAUGUCUCCAAGGAGGAAGACUUUACUGAUUCCCUGGGCUAACUGUACCAGUGCUUCAACACUCCUAGCAGAUAUUUUUUAGCUACUGCAUUUCAGUUUGUGCCUCUUGCCCAUUUUGCCCACUGAGCCCUGCCACGGCACCAAGGACAAGAGUUUGGUUCCAUCUUCUUUUCUCCCUUUAUCAGGUAUUUAUACAUUUUCAAAAGAUCCCUCUCUGCAUCUUUUCCAGGCCAAACAGACCCAGCUAUCUCAUCCACUCCUUGCACAAGUUUUGUUCCCAUACCUUAAAAAUUUUCAUGCCCUUUGCAGGAAUCCAUCCACUGUGUCCAUGUCUCUCUUGUCAUUGUCCCUGAGAGAUCAGACCCUAACGUAGCACUGUAGAUGUGUCCCACUAGUGGAGAACAGAGGGGAAGGAUCGAUCACCUUCUUUGACCUGCUGAUAUUUUUCCUGAUUCAGCCCAGAAGGUAGUUGGCUCUCUUUGCUGCAAGGGCACAGUGUGAGCUCUUUUUCAGCUUGGAAUCCCUUAGGGCCACAAAGUUCUUCUCUGCAAAACUGCUUUUCAACCUGCAGGCACCAGCCUGUACAGG